ACGCAUCACGUUCAGAAGCAGACAUCUUGGUAUUAGUGACGUAUUCUAUUAAACAAUACUGCUUAUCCUUAUUAGUGCUCUAAUCGUCAUACGCUUUUAGCAAGCUUUAUAAUUUUCGGUCCACCAGGCUCAGCUAGAUUGGUUCUAAUCGUAAAUGACAAGGUUCAUCGUUAAAUGUACACACAUUACAAACCUGUUUUCCCCUGUUGGUGUCAAAUGCUAACAAAUGGUGAGGGCAGGUGCCUGUUCAUUGAAAAGAGUGGGGGGCAUGUCUUGUUUCAGCGAACUUCACAGCAGUCCUGUUGGUGGUUUUUAUUUCCGUCGCUUCCAUUGGCUACUGUCGUUUUUGCUAUUGAAAUUUAUCGCGGCAGGUGCCGCUGCUGCCUUAUGAUUUUUCAAUUUAUUGCUGUAUCUUGUUACUUAGUUUUAAUAGUAGUAGCAUUCUUUCCUGAGCUUGAUUAUAUCGAAUAUUUUGUAGUGGAUGAAAAGCUGUUUAUGCCAGCUGAUUUUACUUACUUGGCAGAAGGGAAUUGGUUUUUUCAUUAUGACGGACGGAUUUUUCACUUCCACCGGGAAUUGAUGAUCACCCUAUUUCGACAGCUAGACUAUAAAGAAUUACUAAAUUUCAGCUACACGCUUGCCGACAUAUACUACAUCAUAUUAAUUUUAAAAGAGUGAUAUAAUAGUUGAAAGUGAUAAGACUAACUUGAUACGCUCGUCAGCCGAACUGAAGUUAUGCACAAAGUUUACAUAGUUGAACAUCUUUUUACCCUCCAAGUUCUCAUCUAUUUUCAAGGUGCACAGAUGGAGUAUAUGGGUAUUCGUAUCAAGUAAUGGACAAAGAUGGGUAAUUUUUUUUAUUUUAUUCCUCUACAUGUUGUUACAGAAUGAGUCUGGAUUCGCUAGGGUCACGCGUCUAUAGCAGAAUUGCCGGAGAUGUGUAUCUU